AAUCCCCAUUGAAAUGCUAAUUUCCGUUAGAGCCGUGAGGUCGUAUGUCAACAUCUCCUUGGAGGGGGGCCCUGUUUGUCCUGCGGCUGGUAGCAUCAGGGGAGGACCCUCUUAGGUGGACAACGACAGCGCUUUAAUUUAACUGAAAAUGGGCUGUAACAAUACUGCAUCUUAUAAAUAACAGUUUUUCAUUGUUGGGUUAACGCCAAUGACUGCGUCGUAAUAAUGCACCGGAGACACUCGUACAACGUCCUUCAUAGCUAUCGUAAUGUACCCCCACUGACUUCCUCAGCAUUGCAUUGAUUUGAUUCAUGCAACAGAAGGCCUAGUUUGAAUUGAAAUAAAUUUAAUUCGUGGUAUCCUCAAGCACUCCAAUGAAGAAAAGAACAAGCAAUUCAUCACCUGCCAAACACAGCAGGAAAAGCAACGCCAUGAAAAAAUACGCAACCGCACCUGGCAUAUCAACCAGGUCUUUAAAUGCCCAAAAAGCAGCCCCACAAAUCCACUUGACCAUGGCGCAUCACAGUCGUAACCUAUUAAACUUCUUAAACGAGGAUCGAACUCGACAGAGGUUCUGCGAUGUGUCCGUAUCCGUGUGUGGAAAGCUCUAUGGUGCCCAUAAAGUGGUAUUGGCCCACGGGAGCAGUUACUUCCAUGCUGAGCUGUCCAAGAACCCAGCCAUGACCCACGUGAUUCUGGAUCAUGUGGAGGACUCCGUUUUCCAGCACCUGCUUGCCUUGCUAUACACAUCGGAGUGUGUUAUUGCCAAGACUGAGCUUCAGGCUGUAACUGAAGCAGCCCACUUCCUGGACAUGAUGGAUGUAUUAAAGCUGCUGUGUGGAGAAAGACUAAACCAUAACCCCGUAAGUGGGGACGAGAACGAGUCACUAAAGACGUCCACUCAAGGCUCAAUUGAUCAGCAGUUGUACAUAGAAACCUCAUCACAGGACCAGAGUCUGAAUGACGGUCAUGCACAACCGCCAAGUGAAAGCCAGAAAACGUGUGGCGAUAAGGCAACUACCAUGCGGAGAUCUGCUCGAAGGAGGAAACCUCCAACCAAGUAUGAGAAAGACUGCGUGGAGUAUGUGGACAACACUGAGGAAACACAAAUUCCACCAAGGGAGCAGUUUGAAGAAAGAUGGAACGAUGAAGAAGUCGGAGAAUAUAAACUGGUAGUGGAUGAAACAAGACCAUCACAUGUGGAAUAUUUAUUGGGUGAGGAGGAUGAGGUGGGUGGCAAAGCACCAGCCGCAGGUCCCAAGUAUCCUGAAGGUCUGACUCCUGUCAUCACCCAUAUCGCCAAAAAGAAGAUUCUCAAGUGCCCCAAAUGCGACAAGACCUUUGAUCGAGCAGGAAAGUAUGAGAGUCACACGAGAGUGCACACAAAAGAGAAACCCUUCCAGUGUGACAUCUGCCAGCAGCGGUACUCCACCAAGUCCAAUUUGACGGUUCACAAGAAGAAGCACACCAACAACGCUCCCUUGCAGAUGAAAGAACACAAGUGUCCCUUCUGUAAUAAAUUCCACGCGAGCACAAAAACCCUUGCCAAGCAUGUACGGAGAUUCCACCCAGAACACCUUCAAGAGUUUUUCAGUAAAAGUAAGAAGACGAAGACUGAAGGCUGGAAAUGUCCUAUUUGUCUGAAGUCUUUUACCCGCAGGACUCACUUGCAGGAGCAUAUGAUCCUGCAUACCCAAGAUCGCCCGUUCAAAUGCGCAUUUUGCGAUGAGUUCUUCAGAUCCAGGUUUGCCAGGCUCAAGCACCAAGAAAAGUACCACCUGGGACCUUUUCCUUGUGAAAUCUGCGGACGAAAUUUUAACGACACCGGGAACAGGAGGCGACACAUUGAAUGCACACAUGGAGGGAAAAGAAAAUGGACAUGCUUUGUGUGUGGAAAAUCAGUAAGGGAAAGAACAACGUUACGAGAGCACAUGCGUAUCCACAGUGGCGAGAAGCCGCACAUCUGCGGUGUCUGUGGGCAGACUUUCCGUCACAAGAGCUCAUACAGGCUCCACUUGAGAAUGCACCGUAAUGACAAGCGCUAUGAGUGCGACGAAUGUGGGAAGACCUUCGUGCGCCAUGAUCACCUGACCAAACAUCAGAAAACGCACUCUGGUGAAAAAGCGCAUCAGUGUGAAGAAUGUGGGAAGUGUUUCCGACGCCAGGAUCACCUCGCGAUCCACUACAGGAGUGUUCAUUUGGGAGAGAAAGUGUGGCAGAAGUAUAAAGCAGCCAUGCAUCAAUGUGAGGUUUGCAAGAAAGAAUUCAAGGGUAAAUCCAGUCUGGAAAUGCACUUCAGGACUCACUCAGGUGAGAAACCCUUCAGUUGUCCAGAAUGCCACCAGACGUUUCGGAUCAAAAAGACCUUGACUAAGCACAUGGUGAUCCACUCGGACGUCCGUCCUUUCAACUGCCAACAGUGCAACGCCGCCUUCAAGAGAAAAGACAAGCUCAAGUAUCACAUUGAUCACGUCCACAGCAGCCGCUUUCUUGAGCAGCCACUGGGCCAGGACAAAAUGAGCCCGGAUCCUUUUAGUACGGAACCCAAGUCGACACCUACGGGCAUAUGUGUGCCUGACUCUUUAGACCCCGUCCAAAUAGCGGGUAGACCCGGUCUGGGUCAAUUGGACGCUCAUGCGGGCAUGCAAGGUGAAGAAUCGCAGCCCAAUUCAGGUUACCAGAACUCAGAGCUGGCAUUUUUAGAGAAAUACACCCUGGUUUCCCAGUCGGUUGACAUUGUUCAACCUGUGAGGCCCGAUCAGAUGUUAGAUACCCGAGAGCAGACAUACCUGGGAACGUUGCUUGGUUUAGAUUCCGCUUCCUCCGUUGCAAACAUUACAAAUGCUAACCAAAGUCACCAGUGAAGCGUUAGGGAUUAAUUUACCGUAAUUUUCGGACUAUAAAUCGUUUUUUUUUUUUUCCAUAGUGUGGGUGGGGGGCGACUUAUACUCAGGAGCGACUUAUAUGUUUUUUUUCACAAAUCUUUACUUGAUCAUUAACACAUCACUUACUUACAAGUAUAGUUGACCACUUCACAUGUUAUUUUUAGUAUAGUUGAUCACUUCACAUGCUUUGAUAUCUUUAUCUUGAACAUAUUCAAAACAUGAAAAAUGGAGAGAAUAAGUCAAAUAAAGUAAUUAACACUUUAAAGCGCCAUAUCCUCUGGACAUGUCCUCUGUCACCAGGAUGACAUAAAGGACGAGAAAUUUGAUCGAUGUAUUUAAUGAUUUGGAGUGACACAAAUGGUUUGAUAAUAUUGUUGUUUAUGUGAUAGUUAUUUAAAAUAUAGUUUAUAUAUCGUUGUAUGGGCCUGUGGAAUAAUUGGAACUGCGGCGCGGCACACGGCAUUGUUGACAAAGGACGAUCGAUGGAUCUAAUGAAUUGGAGUGACACAGAUGGUUUUAUAAACGUGUUAUUUAUGUAAUAGUUUUUUUUAAAUAACUGAAUGUUACGUCAAGCCCGUUCUCAGCUCCUUGUUUGUGUUUGUCACGUUAGCAUACUGUAUCGUUUAGUCUGUUGUUGCUCGUUCAUGUCUGUUCUUGGUGUUGGAUUUUGUCGAAUAAAUUGCCCCCAAAAUGCGACUUAUA